GAAAUCGAUCACAAUUAUUAUCAAUCCGUUCCUCUCAAGGCUUCACAAAACACUAUUUAUAGCCAAGAAAUCAAUUGAAUUAUUCACUUCUUUCGGAUCAGUCAUACAAGUCCUGACACAAUGAAAGUCGCUGUGAUCUUAGCUUUGACUCUGGCUGUCGUGUCGGCUAAAACGCCGGCCAUCAAACUGAACACCGGGUAUGAGAUGCCGCAGAUAGGGAUCGGCACGUGGCAAGUGAAGGGCGCUCAGGCGACCCAAGAGGUGAAGGACGCCCUGGAGGUCGGCUACAGACAUGUGGACACCGCCGAGAUCUACGCCAACGAGAAGGAGGUCGGAGCGGGUAUUCACGCCCAGAUCAACGCCGGUAUUCUGAAGCGCGAAGACCUGUUCAUCACCACAAAGGUGUGGCCCGACGGCAGUAACCGACAGAAGGCGUUGCAGACAAUCCACAACUCGUUGAAGUCGCUGAACGUCACUUAUUUGGACUUAGUUUUGGUUCACUUCCCGCACGACAACUACGCCGAGACCUAUAAGGGUUUGGAGGACGCGUUCAACCAGAAGUUGGUCCGCUCUAUCGGAAUCUCCAACUUCGACAGAGCGCAGAUCGAUCACGUGCUCAAGACGGCCAAAGUGAAGCCCGCUGUCAACCAAAUCAAUAUCCACCCGAAGAACAAUCACGACGACACUGUCAACUACAGCAAGCAGUUGGGAAUCGCUGUCACCGGGUAUUCACCGCUCGGCACCGGAGGUCUCGUUAAGGACCCGACUCUUGUGGCCAUCGGUAAGAAGCACAACAAGUCCGCGGCUCAGGUGGCCCUCCGCUGGCAGAUUGAGAGACAUCUGAUCACAAUUCCGAAGAAUGUGCCGCUAAUACGGCUAAAUACGGGCAAAGAGAUGCCGGCCCUGGGGUUAGGCACGUGGCAGACAGAGGGGCCCGAAGUGACUAACGCCGUGCGGGAGGCGUUAGAGGCGGGCUAUAGGCAUAUCGACACCGCCUGGUUCUACCACAACGAGGGCGCCGUCGGGAAAGGCAUACAACAGGCCAUCGAUAAGGGAGUGGUCACUCGCGACGACAUAUUCAUCACCACAAAAGUGUGGCCCCGGAAUAUGAAUAGACAGACAGCGUUUGGCAUCAUUAAAAACUCGCUGAAAGAGUUGAACACCUCGUAUGUGGACCUGGUUUUGAUGCACUGGCCGUUACGGCGGGCGAGGGCUACGGCCGACGUGUAUCGCGGUCUGGAGGACGCCUAUAACAAGCAAAUGGUGCGCUCGUUGGGUGUGUCCAACUUUAAACCGGCUGAAAUUGAGACACUGAUGCAAACGGCCAAGGUGAAGCCCAGCAACAAUCAGAUCCGUAUCCAUCCGGGUUUCAAUCAGGACAACACCGUUGACUAUUGUAAGAAACAUAACAUCUCGAUCACCGGCUACUCGCCUCUGGGCACCGGAACCAUACUGGACGAGCCGGCGCUCGUCAAGAUUGGCAAAAAGUAUGGUAAGAGUCCGGCACAGGUGGCCAUCCGGUGGCAGAUCCAGAGGGGACUCAUUGUCAUACCGAAGAGCACCCAUAAGAAACGAAUUGUCGAGAAUUUCAAUGUCUUUGACUUUCAACUGACGGAUAAAGAUAUGCUUGAAAUCAAUUCAAUCAAACAAAACAGAAUCCCUGACUUCUGGGGUUAAACACCAUUAUUAUUGCCAUUCAUUUAUU